CCCGCAAAUAUCCUCUUGGAUGAACACGGACACGUUAGGAUAUCAGACCUUGGUCUUGCCUGCGAUUUUUCCAAAAAGAAGCCGCACGCGAGUGUCUUGUCCCCCCACGCCCGCCCUGCCUUGGAGACCAUCGUGACCGUGGAAGGGUGGGAGAUACGACGGGCAUAUGUGCGAGCCCUGGUCCUCAGCACGGGAAGGUGGCGCCACACAGGGACGCCCGUGCCCAUCCCUUCCAGGGGCACCCACGGGUACAUGGCUCCCGAGGUCCUGCAGAAAGGGACUGCGUACGACAGCAGUGCCGACUGGUUCUCCCUGGGUUGUAUGCUUUUCAAACUUCUGAGAGGUCACAGCCCUUUCAGACAACAUAAAACCAAAGAUAAGCAUGAGAUAGACCGAAUGACACUCACCAUGAAUGUGGCACUUCCAGACAUCUUCUCCCCUGAGCUGAAGUCCCUUCUGGAAGGCUUGCUCCAGCGAGACGUUAGUAAGCGACUCGGCUGCCACGGACGCGGCGCACAGGAACUAAAAACGCACGACUUCUUCAGAGGCAUCGACUGGCAGCAAGUCUACCUGCAGAAGUACCCUCCACCCUUGAUCCCUCCCCGGGGAGAAGUCAAUGCGGCCGACGCCUUUGACAUCGGCUCAUUUGAUGAAGAGGAUACCAAAGGCAUCAAGCUUCUUGAUUGCGACCAAGAACUCUACAAGAACUUCCCUUUGGUGAUCUCUGAGCGCUGGCAGCAGGAAGUGGCGGAAACUGUUUAUGAAGCAGUAAAUGCAGACACGGAUAAAGUGGAGGCCAGGAAGAGAGCUAAAAAUAAGCAGCUUGGCCACGAAGAAGAUUACGCUCUGGGAAGAGACUGCAUCAUGCACGGGUACAUGCUGAAGCUGGGCAACCCAUUCCUGACUCAGUGGCAGCGUCGAUAUUUUUACCUCUUUCCAAACAGACUUGAAUGGCGAGGAGAGGGCGAGUCACGACAAAAUUUACUGACAAUGGAACAGAUUGUGUCUGUGGAAGAAACUCAGAUUAAAGACAAAAAGUGCAUUUUGUUGAGGAUAAAAGGAGGGAAGCAAUUUGUCUUGCAGUGUGAGAGUGACCCGGAGUUUUUGCAGUGGAAGAAAGAGCUGACGGAGACGUUCACCGAGGCCCAGCGACUGUUACGUCGAGCCCCCAAGUUCCUCAACAAAUCCCGCUCGGCCGUCGUGGAGCUCUCGAAGCCGCCCCUCUGCCACAGGAACAGCAAUGGCCUCUGACCCCUGGCACAGGGAAGGUCCCACGAGACGGCACCUCCUCCGGGAAGUCCACAUGGGCUGCUCGACCCACGAAGUGGAGCCUUUGGGAGAAGUGUGAGGAUGAGAGAUGGAGUCGCUCACCUCCGGGGUGCUCCGUGGCUGGGGGGGCCCAGGACUCUGAGAUGCUCCUACUAGGAGUGGCGACCACCCUCAGGCUUGGGGGCGCCUCCUCCCCUCCUGAGGGCCUCCCGCCACGAUCGCAUCCAUCCGCCCUCGAAACUACUGAAGAAACGAAGUUCUCUUUCUUUGCCACACACUUCUUUUGGUUAUAGAUGAACCUAGAACUUGAAAUGAUUCCUCCUGAUUGUGUCACUUUUUGCAUCGAUAUCAAAUGUAUCUCAGGCUUGCCAAGAUGGGAUCGAACAGUCUGCGGUUCAGGUUGCCCCAGCGUUGCCACGAUCUGUCCAUAGUCAGCCCCGGCUGGGUUUCGAUGUCUUUGCUCCAUAGUCCUGGCAGGAUGGCAGACCAGCUGGGUGUCCUCUGUGCCCUUGAGAACCAGCCUCUCGUUGUCUCGGGGCUUGAAAGCUGCAGAGGUUUUCUGAAAGGGCUGCACCUGGGCCCUCCCCGCGGGUGCCGCGCCCACGGGUCCCAGCCUGCCUCUGACUGGGAGCUUAGGCAGCUGGGACCAGGGGCGUGGGGGCCACUCAACAUCGAAGGCGUCAGAUGGUAGAUGGUUGGAGGCUCGCGGUGGCUCUGCAGGAGAGGCAGUGGCGUUUGCAUCUCACGGUGACACAGCCAUUUUCAAACCGUCAAGUCGGUGCACUUCCCCUGGGUGCACAGGACCGCCUGCGGGCGCCCGUCUCGGGCUUGGACUGGAAGCCGCCGUGAGACACAGCAACUCUGGUUCCCUCUGGCUGACCUCAGGAAGCAUCUGGGUAACGGAUGUGUCAAGGAAGGAAACUCUGUUUUACGUUUUAGUAUAAUUUAAAAAUGAAUUUUAUUGAAAAAAGAAUGCCGAAGAUGAACGUGUCAGAAUGGGUUAACUGUGUAUAUUGGCUUGCAUUGUCGUUCAACUGUCAUUAGCAAAUGAUUCUCUGCCCUGGCGGGUUGUUCUGUGACAGCGACGGCCUGGUCCCAGCGGCCUCCUCUCCCCGUGGUUCGUUUCAUGUCCCAAAUAAGUGCUGGUUUAUAAGAACCAGUGUGUUUCCCAGCCAAGCCCUCCGUGUCAUCAGACUAAAAAUAAUAACAGUAAUUUUCAGAGUCCACGUAUUUGCCCUUUCUUAGUGCAAUUUUAUUGUCUGUUUCUGAGUCGACUACUAACAAUAUAAAUAACUUGACAUCGUAAUUAUCUGCAUCCUGUCCUCAAUAUUUUUAGUGGUUCCAAAUCUUGGUGUUUAUGUUUGUGUGCCGCACUCACUGGGAAAGUAAGUCCUUUUUAAUGAAACGAUAAUCUUGAGAGUUUGGAAGAUAAUUACCGAAAGAGCCUUUUAUUUCAUAGGAGUUACCUUGGAAAGGAAACUCUGAGGUUCACUAUUUAUCUCAGCUACUAGUUGGAAUUGAGCAUACAUGUUCUACUAUCUGCUGUUUCCAGGAUAGAAGUUGGGGGCUACUAUUUACAUGGAUUCCCCUGAUUUAAAAGGGAAGAAUAGUAUUCAAAUUGUGUUUUAAAAAAAAACAAAGCAAAACACCAGAGAUAGAAAAGCUGUUCGUGACAAGUGAGCAUCUCCCCAGGCGUGGUUGAUUGUCACCGUCACCGCUGUAGUUAGUUCCUGGCUCCAUCGCGAGGUCACAUGUGCUCAGCACCUAUGGUUCAGAGAUGGGUAAUUGCAGUUUAGAAAUCGCUGAGCCUCCUGCCUCUGCUGGACAGAGUAGAGAUGUAGCCUCACGUGGAGAAGGUGCAUGAAUUCCUUGAGGGUCCGGGCUUAGCGUCUCACCUUCCGUACCCAGGGCACCGGCUACGCCGAUUCGCAUCUCUGAAAGAUAUCAUUUACGCUCUGGAGUAGAACAUAAGGUGGUCUUUUUUUUUUUUUUUUUUUUUUUUUUUUUUGUGGUAUGCGGGCCUCCCUCUGUUGCGGCCUCUCCCGUCGCGGAGCACAGGCUCCGGACGCGCAGGCUCAGCGGCCAUGGCUCACGGGCCCAGCCGCUCCGCGGCAUGUGGGAUCCUCCCAGACCGGGGUGCGAACCCGGUUCCCCUAUAUCGGCAGGCGGACGCGCAACCACUGCGCCACCAGGGAAGCCCAAGGUUGUCUUUCCUUUGCAAGAGAAAAAUGAAUUGGAAACAUGCCAAGAGCCCUUUCGCCUCGCCUCAAAUUUAUUCCAAGUGAACUUUUACACUCCCUCAAGUUUGAUGGAUAACGACAGGGCUGAGAAGCGCAUUACGUGGAUGUGAUUUAGUAAAGCGCUCUGUGAGGUUAGGGUGAGUGGCUUUUCAGGGGGAGGUCCCUGUUUGUGUUUGGGGUUUGGCAGCCCUGGAGAGGCCAGUCUUCCUCCUGAACUUGUGCCUGCAGCCCUUCUGAGGGGGUGUUUCUGCUGCCAGAUGGAAGGCGCUUCCGGAACCCUUCUGUGCCAGCACCUGGUGCUCCCGUGGCCAAAGAAGUCGGUUGGUUUCGAAGUCUUGGUAUACGUGGCUGUUUUAGGUCUCAAUGUUUGACCCUACCUACGUUUGGAGUGUUAAAAGGGGCAAAAUCGAGCACAAGUGUUAGCAUUAUUUUAGAUUUAUUUGGUUGAGAUAUUUUCACAUUGUCGGAAAAAAUCAUUGAAGUUGAUAUUUUUGUAAAAUUAUGUUAGUAGUGUCUUGAUUUCAUAAUUCAAAGGAAUCAUUAAAGCAAAGCCUAAAAAUAAUAGAUUAAGCUGCUCUACACCAUAUAUGGAAUGAAUUUAAAACUUUUGGGAAUCCAAGGUUAUUUUUUUUAACCUAAAACAUUCUCUUUGGUGCAUUUAUUCCCUUAUGUCAUUGGGGCUCAUGGUUUUUCCUUCUCUAUCAUGUUUCAGUACAAUUUUUCAGCAAAAUUGCUAGAAAUCAGCUGUUGUUUCACUGCUAAUGUGAAUGUUUCACUUCCUGUGCCUCUGAUUGGUCAAUUCACGGACAUGACAAUUUCAAAUUCUAUAUGUAAAGGGAAGGGGCAAAUGUCUAGGCUCGCUGAAGAAAGGAAGCGUUCUGCUCAAGAAAGACAGCAACAAAGCUGGAAAAGCAAAUAGAGCGAUGACCACAAAGCAACCAUCUGUUCAAAGCAAGAGUUAGCUUUGAUUUGUGCUUCGAAAUAUGCUGUACAGAUACUAAAAACAAUUGUUUGAAGGCUCACACUGGCCAUUAAAAAAUAUCAUUGACCAAUUGACAAUGUGGUUUAACUCUCAAGAAGAUCAAAGUGUGUUUUUUUCUGACGAUUUUUUAUUUCAUUCAGAAUUUAUCGUUGGGCCAAUCGAAUACAACAUUUGACUUUUCAGUGGAAUUGAUUUUUCUGAUGUUUCAAAAUUUUAACCUAUCAAGAAGAAAAGAAAAUUCUCAAAGUUGGACUUCUUUUGCUUGAUGUAAAUAUGUUAAAAAAUUUGCAGUGUGCUGGUGUAAGAUAAGGCUUAUCUUGUAUGAUUUAAUUUAUAUGUAAUUUUUCUCAGUUUCAUUCAGGGACUCAUAUCUGUGUCAUUCAGAGAUGCUUGGGGAAGGAACUCCUCCCCUCCCAGGGGAUGGAUGCGCUGUUUGUACCCGGAGAGGAGCUGGGCUUCAUUGGGAUCUGUGACAAACGCUGGGAGGUGGAUGGAGUGGGUGUCACAGAAGGCAGGAUCCUGGUAGAGAUGGGGCAAAGGAAAAAAAGGAGUUAAUUCGCUGGGAAAAGCCAAUCUCCUUACACCAUAAAGCACCAGGGAAAUUACAGUUGAACUUGGUGGUUUUCCCCUUAUAACAAGAAGAGUUGAAUAGUCACUAUAUUAAGACUCGGUAGCUUUAGUUUUGAAUAUGGAGCUGCUGGACUUGUAAGAGGCUGUUUGCUUUCCACCAGGACUUUCUGUAGAAAUGAUGUUGCCGGUUGCCCCUGCUUGUCAUCCAGCACGCUUGGGGAAGGCACACGGGACCCAGAGCUGAUGCCCCAUCUUGGUGUGUGUGCCUUGCAGCCAAUCAGGGGAGGGGGAGAAGGCCAGAGGUGGGGUGUGGGCUGCUGUCACCCUGUCAGUCAGGUGGGGACAUUGCCGCACACCCACUGAAGGUACCGUACUUCCCCUACAGCAACAAGACUGGGCUUUGCUGCUUGAGCCAAGCAGAGUGAGCUUUCCUUUUCAAAACAUAUUUUCUUCCUAAAGCUCUAAUAUGAUUUUCCCUCCCACAUCAGGUUAACUUGAGAAGCUUUAAUUAAUUAAUCACUUAAAUUCGUGUUAAUAUGAAUUUUUUGUAUCCAGGCCACAUUUUAAAAAAUUUACUGUAGAAAGAAUGAAAGUUGAAGUCUAAAAUGAUACUUCUUGGCUUCCUCGAGUCAUAAUGGCCUUUAGAUUUCCUUCAUCCUCAAAGACUAAGAGAGCUGUUCUUUGACAGCCGAGUAGCAGGGAUGCCCAACUCUGGCACCGUCCAAAGGCCGGGGGGCAUGAGUGACCGGUCACUUCACUGGCCUGGCUGGGUUAGCACUUACUGAUAAAUGUAGCACCCCAGAUUUUAUUUUAUUUUUUUUCCUUUAAAAAUUUUUUUUAUUAUCUUUUCAAAGAACCAGCUGUCAAUUUUCUCAUUCAUUUUUCCUCUAUUCUUUUUUUUAAACAUCUUUAUUCACCCCAAAUUUUCAAUUGCCUUUAUUUAAAAAAACACGCACACACUACAGGAAAUGGAUUAACAUAUCAUUCCAUCAAAACCAUAUAGGAAAAACCUGCAUUUUAGAGUUAAAUGACUCACGUUCUUAUAGUAAACUCUCUUAUACCUAACAAAUCUGAAAAUCAUCUCUGAAAAACUGGUAACUAUGCUUCCAAUUUUAAUUUUGUCCUAAUAUAAAAUGUCUCUCAUGUAAGGGGUAGGGAAUGGAGAAGUAUUUCUAAUCGUGUAUUCAUAUUCCAAAGGACUUGAAAUUCAACUUCUUGUUUCUUAGUUGAUUAUAUAUUCCAUGAUGUACAUGUUCUAUGUGGUUUAUAAGCUAAGCACUGGCCUUUUUUUUUUUUUUUAGUUCUAUUGUUAAAUUGUAUUUUUCUAUGUUUUAACAAAUUAUAAUAGAUUUGGCUUUUUUCUGGGUAGCAUAAAGAUUGCCAAACUACGUAUAUAUAUAUAUAUAUAUAUAUAUAUAUAUAUAUAUAUAUAUAUAAACAAGAGUUCUAUUUUAGCACAAAAGCAUUUUAUAUUAUUUAUUGAAUCCUUCAGUUCUCAUCAAAAACAUUGCUUACCGCUUCUGCCCCUUUUUAUUUGUAUAGUUUGUUAUUUAAGGAAAUGCAGUCCUUUCUGUUUCUGGUUUUUUUUUUUUCCACAAAAUAAAAUUGAAACAAAGCGUA